GCAUGCUAGUACCCCGCAUAAUAGAAGAAGAAAGUUUCAAUGGCGCGCUGUUGGAUUACCUGAAAAUGGACAUGUUGAGACAAGUUCUGCAAUAUGAAUGCAAGGAUAUAGACCGCUCUAACAAUCGAAUAUAACACAUGGUGUAUUGACGUAGCAAAAAUGUUCAUUCUUAAUCGCGUUUCUAGCCGAGUGCUUCAGUACACCACUCUCCCUUUCGGCUUCUUGUCAGCUUGUUAUCGCUCCAGCUCCCGCAGGGGGCCGAGUCCAUACAGCUCCGUGGACAGUGAGCGGUACUCCUCUCUCGUUAAGUCUGUUACGUCUCCGAGGGUCACGGCUCGGACACCAGAGGCAAUUCAAGAAGAGGACGAGCACAUGUUCGGACCCGUCGUCAAGGCUCCGUCAAGACCAGAGACGAGGCUCCUUAAGAUAAUGCACCCGUUCUUACACAGUGAGGACACUCCAGAAACAGAUGAUCUCGAGUCAGGACCUCCAUUACGGAUUGUAUUGAAUCGGGAUCAAGGCAGGUCGUCAGUGCCAAGUGUGACGAGGAUUCUUCAGGCGACACUUUCAUCAGAGCAGCUAUUCUACCUGGAGAGAUGGAAGAGGAGGAUGGUGGCAGAGCUGGGCGAGGAAGGCUUUAAAGAAUACACUAAAAACUUGUUUAGGAAAGGAAAACUGUUCCAUUCUGCUGUGGAGGAAGUCCUGAUGUCUGGUGGAACUCUGAAAGACAAACAACAUGAACUACAUCCACCGGAGGUGUUGGGAUACCUAGAGAGCAUAUCUCACAUACUGGAAGACGUCAGUGCUGUAAGAGUGAUCGAGAGCACUGUGCAACAUGACGCUCUUAACUAUUUGGGAAUAGUGGACUGUGUGGCACGCUACAGAGGGGUUCUUUGUGUUAUUGACUGGAAGACUUCAGAGAAGCCAAAACCAUUCCUGGGCAACACAUACGACAAUCCCAUUCAAGUGGCGGCCUAUGCAGGAGCCUUGAACAAUGAUGGCAACUACAAAUACCAGGUGGAAAAUGGCCUCAUUGUUGUCGCUUACAAGGAUGGCUCACCAGCACAUGUACACAAACUGAACACUGAGCUGAUGUCGGAAUAUUGGGAAAAGUGGUUGAUUCGCCUGGAAGGGUAUAGAGAAAAGAGAUCGAGUGAAGUCUCUUCCGCUUCUUCGGAGAGAAGAUGGCAAGAGCUGCCAUGCAAGGCCCUAACCACGACCCAUCAGGAGCAAGGGUGAAGUGUCUUGCUCAAGGACACAACGGACGUGACUAGGAUGGCCGAAGCUGGGGAUCGAACCAGGAACUCUGAAAUUGCUGGCACGGCCACUUUACCAACCAAGCCACGCUGUCCCCCGUUUUGGUGUUUUUGCCUUGCCCAAGUUUUGGUCAAUUGUGACACACUAUUUGUUUCGGAAAUACUUCAGAAGUUACAUUAAGUAUUGUAUCUUAUUUAACCACUGAGUAUUAUUUCAUUCAUAUAAUAGAAUGAAAUUAUUUUUAUUUAUUUAAUUAAGGCAGUAUAUAACACAUGAGCAAAAGUAUCACGGUAAAUAUGCCAGAAUUGGCUGCAAUGGCUAAAUUUUGCUGUCCUAGGGCAGUCACCAUAGAAACAGACAUCGAAAAAAUACAUAAAAUUACAAAACAAUAUUAUGAUUCAUUGUAAAACAGGUCAAUAUAAAAAAAGCCAGAGUGCAAACUCCACAGGUAAAAAACUGGUUAGUCUUUAACCACUGUUUUUUUUAAUUUAUUUUUUAAAAUUGGUUAGUCACCGUUUCCAAUAUGAGCUAAAAUAGUGUGUUCCAGGCUUGGUUGCUCUGACAGAAAAAAACAAUUGUUUAAAUUCAGUCCUAUGUUGAUGUGUCACCCCUGGUUAAUUGACUCUAUUGCUAUUUUACGUCUGUAAAAUGUAAUGGUGGAGGAGCAAACCUAUUCAAAACCGUGGCAUAAAAUCAGUGGUCCCCAACCACAGGUACCGGUCCGUGGAUCGAUUGGUACCGGGCCGCACAAAAAAUAAAAUAAAAUAAUUAUUUUUUAAUUUUUAUUAAAUCAACAUAAAAAACACAAGAUACACUUACAAUUAGUGCACCAACCCAAAAAAACUCCCUCCCCCAUUCAUUCACACAAAAGGGUUGUUUCUUUCUGUUAUUAAUAUUUCUGGUUCCUAUAUUAUAUAUCAAUAUAGAUCAAUACAGUCUGCAGGGAUACAGUCCGUAAGCACACGUGAUUAAAAAAAAACAACUAAAAAAAAACAAAAAACAUACCCACCUCACCCCCGGUCCGUGGGACAAAUUUUCAAGCGUUGACCGGUCCGCAGUUACAAAAAGGUUGGGGACCACCGGCAUAAAUCAUCGGAAUACAUCUGAUUGUGUAGCUGUCAAUCUUUUUUUUCAUGUAGAGUUAGAGUUAGAGUUUGAGUUUAUUUUGAACAUGCAAGCAUACAACAUGAUACAUCACAAUUUCCAGUUUCUCUUUUCAACAUAUUCGAAAAGGAGUAGGAAGAAGCAGAGCUUAUUUAAUCCUACCCCUUUUCUUUACAUAACAGUUGCUGAAACUUUUUUAUUCACUUCCUGUUCUCAAUUUAUUCACAAUAAACUCCAUAGGUAAUCACAAUAAAAAUAAAUAAAUAAUAGUAAGAAUUUAAUAAUAAUAAUUGGUGAAGAAAGUCAUAUUUCAUAUGAUGAGAUAAGUAAGAUUACUUUAAGAAUGAAUGAAUGGAUGGAUGAAAUAAAUUGAAAAUGUUU